AUGGAUUUACAAGGUUGUCUCAACAGAACAACCUUCCAAUCUCUCAAACUCUCUUCAACUCCCUCUUCUUCUUCUUCACCCUUCCUUUUUCCUUCACUCUACAAAACCAAAACUCCAACCAUUCACUCCCCAAAAUUUCCAUUUCCACGCCUCACCAAACCUCUCUCCACCUCUUCCGCCGCCGUCGUCCAAACAUCUCCGGCGACCACUAACACAUCUUCCGACCAAGGUGGAAAACCUCAAUGGAAAGCUACAAUUGACUUCAAGUGGAUAAAGGAUAACAAAGAAACUGUUGCUGAUAAUAUAAAGAACCGCAAUUCUGAUGCUGAUUUGGAACUCAUCCUCAACCUUUAUGACAAAUUGUUUAUUCUUCAGAAGGAAGUUGAGAGGGUGCGUGGAGAGCGAAAUGCGGUGGCUAAUAAAAUGAAAGGAAAAUUAGAACCAUCUGAACGCCAAAUACUAAUCGAACAAGGGAAGAAUUUGAAGGAGGGACUUAUUGCUUUGGAAGAAGACUUGGUGAAGCUUAAUGAUGAGCUUCAACGGGAGGCGCAGUGUAUACCAAACUUGACUCAUCCAGACGUUCCAAUAGGAGGGGAGGAUAGUUCCACUAUAAGGAAGAUGGUUGGCAACGUUCCCAAAUUUAACUUUCCUGUCAAGGAUCAUCUCCAACUUGGAAAGGAACUUGAUCUUUUUGAUUUUGAUGCUGCUGCAGAGGUCAGUGGUUCAAAGUUCUACUACCUAAAAAACGAAGCAGUUUUAUUAGAGAUGGCUCUUCUCAAUUGGACACUCUCAGAAGUGAUGAAGAGAGGCUUUACUCCACUAACAACACCUGAAAUUGUACGGUCGUCUGUUGUUGAAAAAUGUGGUUUCCAACCUCGUGCGAAAAAUACCCAGGUUUAUUCUAUCGAUGAUAGUGACCAAUGCCUUAUCGGCACUGCAGAGAUUCCUGUUGGGGGCCUUCAUAUGGAUUCUAUACUCGCUGACUCAAUGUUACCCUUAAAAUAUGUUGCAUUUUCUCAUUGCUUUCGUACUGAGGCAGGUGCUGCUGGCACUGCAACAAGGGGCCUUUAUCGCGUCCACCAGUUCAGCAAAAUUGAAAUGUUUAUUUUCUGCCGUCCAGAAGAGAGUGAUUAUUACCACGGCGAGCUUAUUAAAAUUGAAGAAGACAUGUUCUCGUCCCUAGGGUUACAUUUUAAAACUUUGGAUAUGGCUUCGGAAGAUUUAGGGGCACCUGCUUAUCGUAAAUUUGAUGUGGAAGCAUGGAUGCCUGGUUUAGAAAGAUUUGGCGAGAUCUCCAGCGCAUCAAAUUGUACAGACUAUCAGAGUCGUCGUUUGGGAAUCCGUUAUCGCCCAUCAGAAACACUUGUUCCAGGUCCAAAAAAAUCUAAAGGCAACCUUGCUCCACCGCAAUUUGUUCACACGUUAAACGCAACAGCAUGUGCCGUACCGCGAAUGAUUAUAUGUCUACUUGAAAAUUACCAACAAGAAGAUGGAUCCGUCCUUAUUCCGGAGCCAUUGAGGCCAUUCAUGGGAGGGCUUAAUGUUAUCUCAAGAAAAUCAUGA